GUACACUUCCUGCGGUAUGGCGAAGGCCGCAUGUUGUUAUCAAUGGGUGGUCCCGAAAGUACAAGCCCCCCAUUCCAAAUCCAUCAUACCUAAACUUACCAAAGUCAAGACUCGGAUGCAAGCCACCCGCUGCUUGGAUUCACACCUGCUGCUUGUAUCAACAAAUUCUCCGCGAUUGGGUCAGACAGAGCCGUAAGUAUGGUCCAGGUGAGUCCGACGCUCAGUGAGCGCUUCACGCUGCCACAAGCGCGUAAGUACCUCUCACGCGCAUGACGCGUGACCGUGACACCGUGUGGCUUUGUGGCCAACCGCGUCGGGUCUGUUCAGCUUUAGAUUCGACCGCUACUGUAAUCAUUCAAUACUGGUUUCUCUUUCCCCCAUCAGCACUACGAACUUACUACAUCUACACGCGCUUGAAAUGGCGCCGAAAAAGUCCAAGCGAACAAAGGCAUCUGCGCCCGCGGGCAGGGUUACUGCCAAAACGGAGGCUCGAUGGAAGAAUGUGCGCGGCCGACGCGGCGGCCUGCAAGAUAUGCUCAACAUGCCGAUCGAUGUUAUCCAGGAGAUUUGCUUGUAUCUCCAUCCUCGCGAUCUACUGAGCCUCUCCCGGACGUCGAAGUCGUUCCACACGUUCCUCAUGCAGCGGAGCUCCGCCUAUUUAUGGAAGGGCUCGAUCAAGAACAUUGUAGACCUACCUCCGCAUCCAGAGGGGUGGAUUGAACCCGCAUGGAUAUCCCUCAUCUUCUCCCCAUAUUGCACGGCUUGCGGCACAGGUAAAGCCACAACCGUGUACUGGGAGUUUCUGGCUCGGUUCUGCGCACGUUGCAGGCCACAAAUGGUUGUUGCUACGAAUAGGGUAGACAAGAUCCUUAACUCCGAUCAAUGGCGGAAUUUCCAUUGGAUACCAAAGGAUAUAUUCCUUACAGCCGUGGAGGUUACGGGGUUUAAGGGCCCGUGUUAUAGCCAAUCUCAAGUGUUCGAAGCUAUCGACACUUACGGAAAGCUUUAUGCGGCUGGGAAGUGGGAUUCCGCAAGAAAGCUCGGUGAUGAAGACAUCAAACGAGCACGACGGUCCCGUGAGCACGCGAUCUUAUGCCAAAAAUGGGCCGAAAAGGAAGAGCACCUGCAUACGGAGGAGGUUGAGGCCGUUAUCCGCGAGCGCCUCGAGGACAUUGCCUCACGCCUACGUCCGCUUGGAUGGGGUCUUGAACUCGACUUCGUACGAGGAAGAAACUACACACCACUCUCAGAACAUAAGCAUGUUCGGGUUGCCAAGAAACUCACUGAGCGAGUUUGGCAAAAUGCGCAAGACGAGUUAGUCCAAUGCAUGAAACAUAUACGCAAAGAACGCCUGGAACACGAGUACGAGGCCAUGCUGACGGCUCGUUGGUCUGUCCUGAAGAGCGCCGGCGGCGAGAUGCUAGGCCGAUUUUUCGGCAGGUGCCCGGAACUAAUGGACUACGGGAUCGGCGCGGAGGACCUCGCUCUCUUCAAAGAGUUUCGCGAUAUCAUGUUCGCGCCUGCUGACGAAGUCGUUGAUCGAGCACAUUUUCUUGCGCUGGAGGGCCAGUUGGACACACUCGUCGAGAAAUGGCGAACACGCAUAUGCAAGCAUCUCCGUGGACUCCUCAGCAAGCACAAGAUCAAGUCGCCUAGAGGAGUGGAUCCCCUCGACCUCGCCACGACGCUCUUUGAGUUCACCGAAAGCAGCUUUCCACGUAUAGAGCCCUUCCCAAACGUCAUUGCACCCAACGCUCUCCGCUUCCCGACUCCGAGGACCAGGAGAGACGCGUAUGAAAAAGUCGUGUAUUGGCAAGCACGUGCAGACCUGUCCUUCAUAGGUACUGCGCUGAAGCCACUGAAACCGAAUGACUUCGUGCGACGGGUCAUACAACUCUGUGGCAAGGAUCCUGACACCGCAACAGCGAGAGAGAUGGAUGCUCUGGAUGUCAGAUUGGUCUCUGAUGAGAUUGUGACCUGGCGCGGUGCGGUUGUGAAGGCCGCUAAGUGUGAACCGCACAACGUGCUCAAUUGGCGGCUGGCCGACGCUCAUGAAAUCAUCGAAGUGAAAGAAAUCGAGAUGAGAAUAUUGACAACGGCGAAGGUGUGGACGUGCACCAGAUGUGAGGAGUCACGUAUGCCCGUGGCACGAGACAUUGUCAUGGAGCAUCUUUGUACAGAACAUGGGAUCGCGCGUUCGGAGAUUGUAGAUGGGGAUGUUGCGAUGAACGAAACACUGGCGUCCUCUGUUCUGAUGGGGUGUCGUAUCGGGAUUUACUAUCUGAAAUGUACUCAACGCUGAUCGAUCCUGGAGCGCGAGAAGUGAUCGGAGGCGAGGCAGUGAAUCACCGAUCCAGCUUGUGGUAAUGGGUAGUCCGUUACAUUGUACGCUAUGUUGACACUUAUUUUGCCUGCUGGAUUAUUCACUAGUAUGCCGUGUUCCAUAUAUUCACGUCUCAGCGACGUAGCCUAGUCUUGCUGUACAGUUUUGAACUGUAAUUCAAUUGUGAGGUAGAGUCAGGAUUGACACAUACUGUACUAUGCAUGAAUGAGAUGGGUUAGACUCUAUGUUAUGUCGUGUUUUGGCUGUAG